CAAAGCUUAUAACUUUGGUCGUGUUGUUGGUUAGGGUAUGUUGUUGGUUGAAGGUCACUGCAGUGGUAGCUGGUGAACUGGUCGUUGGUGGUGAACUGGUCGUUGGUGGUAACUGUUGAGUGUUUCCUGAAAAUGGUGAGUUGAGUUGUCUUUUUCCUUUAAUUAUGACCAUAUUUACAUACAAAAUAUUUUUUUUUAUACAAUAGAAAAUUUCGAUGAUAGCAGACAGUGUAGACAGGGUCGGGUUGGGGGGGGGGGGAGGGGGGCGAAUUACAUGGAACUGACAGGGGGCGUUGAGAUCAAUUUGAAGCAGUGGCUUAGAAAGGGAGGCGGAGUGGGAGGGGGGGCGAUACUUUUUUCUAUACUAAUAUUUUUUUUUAAACAAAAGAAAAUUUCGAUGAUAGCAGAAAGGGGAGGCAGGGUCGGGGUGGGGGGGGGGGAGGGUGGCGAAUUACAUGGAACUGACAGGGGGCGUUGAGAUCAAUUUGAAGCAGUGGCUUAGAAAGGGAGGCGGAGUGGGAGUGGGGGCGAUACUUUUUUCUAUACGCGGAGGAGCGACAUUUUCGGACAACUGCAAAGUUUGUUUUUUUUCCUGGAAGAAGAGAGUGUGCAAAGUCUUGGUCCACCCGGGCCAACACUAACCCUAGCCAUCGCCGAUACUAACCAUAGCCAGGACCAACACUAACCCUAGCCAUGUCCAACACUAACCCUAGCCAUCGCCGAUACUAACCAUAGCCAAGACCAACACUAACCCCAGCCAUGACCAACACUAACCCUAGCCAUGUCCAACACUAACCCUAGCCAUGUCUAACACUAACUCUAGCAGGGCCGACACUAACCCUAGCAGGGCCGACACUUACUCUAGCAGUGCCGACACUAACCAUUGCAGGGCUGACACUAACCCAGCAGGGUCGACACUAAUUCUAGCAGGGCUGACACUAACCAUUGCAGGGCCGACACUAACUCUAGCUGGGCUGACACUAACUCUAGCAGGGCCAACACUAACCAUUGCAGGGCUGACACUAACCAUUGCAGGGCUGACACUAACCCAGCAGGGCCGACACUAACUCUAGCAGGGCCGACAUUAACCCUAGCUGGGCUGACACUAACCAUAGCAGGGCCGACACUAACCAUUGCAGGGCUGACACUAACCAUUGCAGGGCCGACACUAACCCAGCAGGGCUGACACUAACCCUNCUAACCAUUGCAGGGCUGACACUAACCCAGCAGGGCUGACACUAACCCUAGCAGGGCUGACACUAACCAUUGCAGGGCCGACACUAAUUCUAGCAGGGCCGACACUAACCGUAGCCAGGGCCGACACUAACUCUAGCAGGGCUGACACUAACCCAGCAGGGCUGACACCAACCCUAGCAGGGCCGACACUAACUCUAGCAGGGCUGACACUAACCCUAGCCAGGGAUGACACUAACCGUAGCCAGGGCCGACACUAACCCUAGCCAGGGCCGACACUAACCGUAGCCAGGGCCGACACUAACCGUAGCCAGGGCCGACACUAACCGUAGCCAGGUCCGGCACUAGCACUAGCCAGGUCCAACACUAACCGUAGCCAGGGCCGACACUAACCGUAGCCAGGGCCGCGCCGAGGCCGGGACAGACAAGUUAAGCUCUCGCUGUGACAUGGGGUCCGCAAAGGUCGGAUUUUAAAUUUUGUUUUCAACACUUGAGGCCGUCCAAAAACUGGAUUUUUGGGGGGGGGCACAAAAAUCCUAUAUAAAAGCCCCGACCCUAAACACGCCCCUGAAUGGGCGGUCCGUAGAGAAUUCGAGAAUCAUCUUAGCCUAAGACAAUACGAUAGCUCCACUAAAUUGGGUAGACGUUUUCAUUCAGGCCUUAGCGAUGGUACCCACUUAAAACCUGGAACCGCUGAGACUUAUAAUUAAUUUCUAACUAGAAACUAGAGAACCACUGGCCCAAGAUACACACGUAUCCGCCAUAUCAAAUUAAACUACUAUAAACUUAACCGGUCACGAUGCUUACAUAAAACUUUGAGAACCCCUGCUCUAAGUCAAACGGUCUCAAACAGAAUGCUUUUAUAGUUGGAUAAAGAUACAAGACAUGUUAGUAAUAGACAAGCAGAUAGAAGACAUGUUGGUUAUAGAUACGGAGAUAUAAGACAUGUUGGUAAUAGAUAAGGAGAUACAAGACAUGUUAGUAAUAGACAAGCAGAUAUAAGACAUAUUGGUAAUAGAUAAGGAGAUACAAGACAUGUUAGUAAUAGACAAGCAGAUACUAGACAUGUUAAACCCUACAUCUAAAAUACGUCGUAUGAUGUAGGGGGGUGGGCAAGGGUGGUCCCACCAAGGCGGUACAUUUCCUCUUUCUUUUGAGUGGCCAUUUGAGUCAAUAUUCCGUGGUAAGUUUGGGGGGGGGGACAUGUCCCGCCCCGGGCUGAACUAAAUCUAGCUACGCCUCUGGCCCCCAUUUCAUUUUAAAACGAUAUAAGGAAGAACAAGGCGCCCACUGAUGUAACUCUUAAGAAAUUCUUAGUUAAGAGGACGCCUUAGGUAGGGAUGUUACCAUAUUACCACUGUUUGAAUCUACACUCUGCCUUAGGUAGGGAUGUUACCAUAUUACCACUGUUUGAAUCUACACUCUGCCUUAGGUAGGGAUGUUACCAUAUUACCACUGUUUGAAACUACACUCUGCCUUAGGUAGGGGUGUUACCAUAUUACCACUGUUUCAAACUACACUCUGUCUUAGGUAGGGGUGUUACCAAUUUACCACUGUUUGAAUCUACACUCUGCCUUAGGUAGGGAUGUUACAAUAUUACCACUGUUUGAAACUACACUCUGCCUUAGGUAGGGAUGUUACCAUAUUACCACUGUUUGAAUCUACACUCUGCCUUAGGUAGGGGUGUUACCAUAUUACCACUGUUUGAAACUACACUCUGCCUUAGGUAGGGGUGUUACCAAUUUACCACUGUUUGAAUCUACACUCUGCCUUAGGUAGGGAUGUUACCAUAUUACCACUGUUUGAAUCUACACUCUGCCUUAGGUAGGGGUAUUACCAAUUUACCACUGUUUGAAUCUACACUCUGCCUUAGGUAGGGAUGUUACCAUAUUACCACUGUUUGAAUCUACACUCUGCCUUUUUGUAGGGAUGUUACCAUAUUACCACUGUUUGAAUCUACACUCUGCCUUAGGUAGGGAUGUUACCAUAUUACCACUGUUUGAAACUACACUCUGCCUUAGGUAGGGAUGUUACCUUAUUACCACUGUUUGAAACUACACUCUGCCUAGGUAGGGAUGUUACCAUAUUACCACUGUUUGAAUCUACACUCUGCCUUAGGUAGGGAUGUUACCAUAUUACCACUGUUUGAAUCUACACUCUGCCUAGGUAGGGAUGUUACCAUAUUACCACUGUUUGAAUCUACACUCUGCCUAGGUAGGGAUGUUACCAUAUUACCACUGUUUGAGUCUACACUCUGCCUAGGUAGGGAUGUUACCAUAUUACCACUGUUUGAAUCUACACUCUGCCUAGGUAGGGAUGUUACCAUAUUACCACUGUUUGAAUCUACAUUCCACAUGAACGACAUUUCUCUUGAGAAUUUUGUUUUUACAUAACUCCAAAGUACUUCCUGGUCCACAGGCCGCACAGCCCCGGGUCACAGUUCUAGCGGGGCCAUCCAAGGAGGACCUCAUACGAUUCGCCAUUCUCCAGCGAAAUGCUACGAACAGUUUCGUGUUCGGCAUCACGGCACUGACCUUAGGGCUUGUAGGGAUGCUGGCGGGGGUCGCCAGUCCGGUGUGGACAGACGUCUCCGACGGUUGCAGCAGUGGACUGUUGGGCACGACUGUGAUGGUGGCAAGGUGUUGAGCAACCCUCGAGCACUCAGCGACAGCGGUAAACAUAAGUGGUUAGACUUUUAGACUAUCAUUGGUCUGGUGGGAAUCAGUGUGGUAAACAUAAGUGUUUAGACUUUUAGACUAUCAUUGGUCUGGUUGGAAUCGGUGUGGUAAACAUAACUGUUUAGACUUUUAGACUAUCAUUGGUCUGAUGGGAAUCAGUGUUAGAAUAUCAUUGGUCUGACAAUGAGAUUGGAAGAAACUGUUAGUCAAAUACUUUGAGCAAUCUCUUCAAGCCAAACCCUGACAUUAACGCUUUUAUCGCUACAUUAAGCCAAACAUUAACAUGAACCCUUUUAGCGUUAAUUCAAGCCUAAAAUUAACAUUAUCCUUCUUAGCGCUAAUUCAAGCCAAACCCUAACAUUAACCCUUUUAACGCUAAUUCAAGGCAAAAAUUAACUCUAUCCCUCUUAGCGUUAAUUCAAGCCAAAAAUUGACAUUAUCCCUUUUAGCGCUAAUUCAAGGCAAACCCUAACAUUAACCCUUUUAGCGCUAAUUCAAAGCAAACCCUAACAUUAACCCUUUUAGCGCUAAUUCAAGGCAAACCCUAACAUUAUUCCUUUUAGCACUAUUUCAAGCCAAACAUUAACAUUAUCCCUUUUAGCACUAUUUCAAGCCAAACAUUAACAUUAUCCCUUUUAGCACUAAUUCAAACCAAACAUUAACAUUAUCCCUUUUAGCGCUAAUUCAAACCAAACAUUAACAUUAUCCCUUUUAGUGCUAAUUCAAACCAAACAUUAACAUUAUCCCUUUUAGCGCUUAUUCAAACCAAACAUUAACAUUAUCCCUUUUAGCGCUAAUUCAAACCAAACAUUAACCCUUUUAGCGCUCAUUCAAGCCAAACCCUAACAUUAACCCCUUUAGCGCUAAUUCAAACCAAACAUUAACAUUAACCCUUUUAGCACUCAUUCAAGCCAAACCCUAACAUUAACCCCUUUAGCGCUAUUUCAAGCCUAAUCCUAACCAUUCUAAUACUAAUUCAAGCCAACCUCUAAAAUUAACCCUUUUGGUUCUAAUUCAGGACCAACCCUAUUAUUUAACCUUUUAAUGUUAGUUCAUGCCAAACCCUAACCCUAGCUUUAACCCUAACCAAAACCCUAACCCUUACCCAAGCCGUAACCCAAAGCCUAACCCUAACCCAAAUCGUCAGAGCAUUUUUUUUUUCAAUGAAACUUGUUUUUUUUCUUUCUAUCGUUUCGUUUUGUUGCAGCCACCUUACAACCAUUGAUGUCACUCUAUCCACUCCAGCAACAUUACGACCAUUGCUGUCACUCUAUCCACUUCAGCCACCUCACAAUCAUUGAUGUCACUCUAACCACUCCAGCAACAUUACGACCAUUGCUGUCACUCUAACCACUUCAGCCACCUCACAACCAUUUCUGUCACACUAUCCACUCCAGCAACAUUACGACCAUUGCUGUCACUCUAACCACUUCAGCCACCUCACAACCAUUUCUGUCACACUAUCCACUCCAGCAACAUUACGACCAUUGCUGUCACUCUAUCCACUUCAGCCACCUCACAACCAUUGAUGUCACUCUAUCCACUCCAGCAACAUUACGACCAUUGCUGUCACUCUAACCACUUCAGCCACCUCACAACCAUUUCUGUCACACUAUCCACUCCAGCAACAUUACGACCAUUGCUGUCACUCUAUCCACUUCAGCCACCUCACAACCAUUGAUGUCACUCUAUCCACUCCAGCAACAUUACGACCAUUGCUGUCACUCUAUCCACUUCAGCCACCUCACAACCAUUGCUGUCACUCUAUCCACUUCAGCCACCUCACAAACAUUGCUGUCACUCUAUCCACUCCAGAAACAUUACGACAAUUGCUGUCACUCUAUCCACCUCAGCAACUUUACAAUCAUUUCUGUCCCUCUAUUCUGUCUCUCAGGGGAUGAAUGAAAGUUACAAAAAAUAUUUAGUACCCAAAUUUGUACGAAUUUACCAGUAAAAUAAUUUAAUGUUUAGAGCAAUAAAGGAAUCUUAUCUUAUCUUAUCUUACUUUAUCCACUCCAGCCACCUUAAGAUCAGUCCUGUCACUGUCCAUUAUUGGCAUGCUACUGACCUUGGCCAGCAUCGGUCUGGCCAUUCAGAUGAAACGGGCCACACAGGCCUCCAUGAUUAAAAAAUUUGGUAUUCUGAGUGGGAUCAUCUCUGUUGUGGCAGGUAGGUUGGUGUUCUGAGUGGGAUGAUCUCUGAUGUGGCAGGUAGGUUGGUGUUCUGAGUGGGAUCAUCUCUGUUGGGGCAGGUAGGUUGGUGUUCUGAGUGGGAUCAUCUCUGUUGGGGCAGGUAGGUUGGUGUUCUGAGUGGGAUCAUCUCUGUUGUGGCAGGUAGGUUGAUUUUUAAAAUCUAUUUUUUCGUUUUCUUUUUAUCUAAAUAGUUUUCUAACGAAAGAGGCACAGGCUAAAAAGUGGUAGAAAAUAUUUAGUGAUGGUUGGGGGUCACAGUAGAGUCUAAAUAAAUGUGGGCAGUGAAGCGUGACGGUGAAGCGUGACAGUGAAGCGUGGCAGUGAACCGUGACAGUGAACACAACUGGCUUUGGUUGAUUGUUCUAUGGUUUCCUUUCAGCCUUUACCUCUUUGGCGGCUGACAUCAUCUACGCAUCGGACUCCUGGGCCCCCGAGAUCAUCACCCCAACAUCACCCAACCCCCGGACCUCACGUCAACUGCUGUCCUUGCACAUCAUCUACCACGUACCGUCAACACCAGGCGACCACAAGAUACCCCACCUGGAUUACUCCUUCGUCUUGCACCUCAUGGGGUGCAUAGUGCUUCUGCUGCUGGCCGCGCCCACGAUCCUGUUUAGCACCAUGUACGCGUCAGGCGCCGCGCAGCUCAAGGACGCGAUGGCAAACAAGAUGGCGACGACCCUAACGAAUCACAUCCGGGUGAUGGCCGUGGUGAACGCGUUGAACAACCGAUACACGUCGCUCCAGCAACAGCAGCAGCAGCAGCGGCAGUUACAGCAACGACAGGCGUUGUACGAUGGGCAAUUCGGAGGUCAAGGUUUGGGGACUUCGUCGGUGGACUUUGGUGAAGUUACGACAGAGUUCGCAGGCGGCGAUGUUGAGAUAUAGACAGGUGGCAUUAGGGAGGCGUAGGCUGGUACAGGAUAGAGCAGCAUCACAAGGGUAGUCGCAAUGAGACGUAGAAUUUAGGAGAACUCAUUAAUAGGACUAAUCAGUUAAAGGACUUAUAAGUGAUAGGACUAAUAGUGAUAUGAAUAACCAGUGAGAGGACGAUAGUGAUAGGACUAAUGAUCGAUAAGACAAAAUGUGAUAGGGCUAAUAAAUCAGUCAUUUUCACAAUUCAGUGAUAGGACAUGUUAUUGAUAGAUCAGGUCACUGAUAGGGCAUCUAAGUGAUAGGAUAGGUCACUGAUAGGACAUUUCAGUGAUAGGACAGGUCAGUGAUAGGACAGGUCAGUAAUAAGUCAUAUCACUGAUGGAACAGGUGAGUAAUAGGUCAUGUCACUAAUGGGACAGGUGAGUAAUAGGUCAUGUCACUGAUGGGACAGGUGAGUAAUAGGUCAUGUCACUGAUGGGAUAGGUGAGUAAUAGGUCAUGUCACUGAUGGGACAGGGCACUAAUAGGACAGGUCGGUGAUAGGACAGGCUAGGGAUAGGAGAGGCCAGUGGUAGGACAGGUCAAAGAUAGGACAUUUCAGUGAUAGGACAGGUCAGUAAUAAGACAGGUCAACGAUAGGACAUCUCAGUGGUAGGAAAGAUCAAUGACAGAACAUUUCAUGGGUUAUAGGAAAGGCCACUGAUAGGACAAGUCACUGAUAAGACAAGUCAUUGAUAGGACAAGGUAUUGAUAGGACAUGUCACUGAUAGGACAACUAGUUUAAAAGACAACUUAGAGAAAUCAACUUAUGGACAAACUUUAAAACGACUUUUUACAAAGUGUUGAGAAUACGCUAAAUUAAAUUUGAACAAAGAGCUGAGAUCGGAGAUUGGUUGGAUUCGUCGGCACAAUGGAACUAAAACGAAUUGAUCUAUCGAAUGCCUGCUGAAGCAACGACUGUGGAUUGGGACCAAGAAUAUAGAGGUGGAGCCAAGAAACGCCCCUACAGUCUAUAGGUGGGGCCAAGAAACGCAUCCUACAGGAUGUUGGUGGAGCCAAUAAUCUCCCCUACAGCCUAUAGGUGGGCCAAUAAUCUCCCCUACAGCCUAUAGGUGGGCCAAUAAUCUCCCCUACAGCCUAUAGGUGGAGCCAAUAAUCUCCCCUACAGCCUAUAGGUGGGCCAAUAAUCUCCCCUACAGGCUAUUUCUCUGAUAGGUUUUCUAUUCAUUUAUCCUGCUCCAUUGUUUAACUCUACCGUAUCCUUUGGGCCUUUCCUUUAGCCUGCUGUAUUGUUUAACUCUACCGUAUCCUUUGGGCCUUUCAUCUAGCCUGCUGUAUUGUUUAACUCUACCGUAUCCUUUGGGCCUUUCCUUUAGCCUGCUGUAUU